AUGUCUUACCAAUCUAUUCCUCAGGACGAGAAUAACCCUCUUCCUUCCGAAUCGGUAGAGGGUUCAGACCUUGAGAGCCAAUCUUUACUUCGCAGUGAGACUGGUGCAGGGUCUGCUGGUCACCAUGAUCACCACUAUGUAUCACCAGAUGAUCCAAUUGUCUCUCCUUUGAAUCUUUAUAAGAUUCAGGCAUUGCGAGUAGUCGCCUUGGUAGUAUUUAUAAUUAAUUGUAUAUUAUUUUUCGCCUUUUUAUUCUCAGACUUUAUAGCCAUUCCAGGAUUUGAUAGUAGAGGGAAGUCAUUCUUUGAAUUGGACUUGCUUAUAUUAUGCGGUUUGAGUAAUUUGUUGACCUUAUGGUGCUUUAGCGUUCCUGCUUACUAUGAAAGGAUAUUGGGUUACGUGAUUGCAAUCUUAGUUGGAUUGGACUUUGUUGUUGCCCUUACCGUUCCUUAUAUUAGAAGUCAAUUCGGGCUCAUGGGAAUAUUUAUCAUAAUUUGGACUCUUCUUACGUUCACAUUCAAUUCUCUCGUAGAUUAUUGGGUAGAGCAGGGGAAGAUUUAUCAAGAAAUAAAGUAUACUGGUAGAGAAGAAACCAGGAAGACGGUGACUGAAUUGUUCGUGGUCUUGAUAAAGACUUUGGUUAAGUUUAUCAUAUUAGUUUUAGUAUGGAACGUAUCCUUCAGUCUUUGGGUAGCUCUGUAUGACUCACAUGUCAAGCCAUGGGGGAAAAUGGUUGCGGUUAAUGAAGAUCAAUUUAAAAUACAUUUAUCAUGUUAUGGUGAAGUGUAUGGUUCGCCUGAGAAAUCUUCAGCGCCUAAGGACCCGAAAGAUCCAAAGCAACCGAUUGUCCUAGUUGAAGGUGGGCAAUUGACUUCAUCUGAAGAAUUUCAAGAAUGGAUUGAAGAACUUUUCCAUUUGAAUAAGAUUGAAAGAUACUGCAUCUGGGAUAGACCAGGGUAUGGAUUCUCGGACAGUGCUCCAAGUCCGACCUCAAUUAGUAUUAUUACUGAAUAUCUUAUGGAGGCAUUGAGGAAAGAAGACAUUGAGGGCCCCUUCUCUUUAGUUGGGUUUGAUAUUGGAGGACUUUAUUCGAGAUUAUUUGCCCUGAGGAAUCCAGGCAAAAUUCAUUCACUUCUUUUAGUUGAUCUGUGGCACGAAGACCUUUUGAAAAAGGACCCAUUUAGCGGUACCAAUAAGAAAAAUGAGCCCAAGAAGGUAUUCAAGAACAUUCUUGAGACUAUGAACACAUUUACAGGAUUCAAGCUCUGGCUCAAGGGAAUAUUAUCUCCACUUGGAGUUACUCAAAAUUUACAUUGGAUGUUCCAUCCAAGGAAGUACUCAUCAAAUAGUAGAAUUUUUGGUACUGAUAUGUACUGGUCUUCGAAGUAUAUUAGAGCAAGAUUACAAGAACAAACGACUUCAUCCAUAUUGUCGUAUAAUGAAAUACAGGGCAGUGAUAUCCACAACGUCCCAUUGAGUGUUAUUUCAUCAGACUUUAUGAUUAAGAAUCUGUUAAAUUGGGGGAAAUGGCAGAGAGAGUUGACCAAGUUGAGCGACCAGAGCAUCGAGUGGGUUGUUGCAGAGAAUAGCGAUCACUUUAUUUGGAGAAGUGCCAAGGGCAGAACACAACUUCAGCAGUUAUUGUUAAGGUUAGUUAGUGAAAAGAGCAACUACUGA